AGGUUUACUUGCCAACCAAACUGAAACGGAUCCUCUCUCUCUCUCUCUCUCUCUGUCGUCCGAGAAAAAGCAAAGUCGAAGUCAGAGAAAGAAUCUAUGGCUAGAGAGAUCGACAUGAAGAGGAAGCCGGAGAAGACGGUCAAGUUCCUGUGCAGCUAUGGCGGCAGGAUCCUCCCUCGCAAGUCGGACGGCGAGCUGCGCUACGUUGGAGGCCUCACCAGAGUGCUCGCCGUUCAUCGGUCCAUUUCUUAUUCCGAGCUGAUGGCGAAGCUGGUGGAGUUCUGCGGAUUCUCCGUCACUCUGAGGUGCCAGUUGCCCGGCGGAGACCUGGAGACCUUGGUCUCAGUCAAGUCCGAUGAGGAGCUUGCGAAUCUGUUGGAAGAGUACGAGAAGCCGUCGAAGGAAUCAUCAUCGACUGCGCCGUCGCCUAUGAAGAUCAGAGCAGUCCUGGCGCCGCUCGCCAAGGAGGCGGCUUCCGUCUCCCCCCGGCCGUCCUCCUCAGCCUCCAGCUCCGACUUCUCUCCCAACCACUCGCCGAGGUACUGUUCUCCGCCGGCGGGGCCGUCGUCUCCGAUCGGGUUUCAAAACGGGGCGGGGAAAUUACGCUGCUACCCCUGCUAUGGUCCCGGGCUGCUGCCCCCGCCUCGGGUGCUGUGCGCUGCCCCAUGCUGCCGCAGCCACGGGCAGUUGAGUCAUCCGAACCGCCACAGAAUCUGGACGAAUUGAUUGAAUGUUAGAAUAUUUUACAUGGAGAGUAGGAUUAGGAAUCAUGCACAAAAUGCUUGAGCAAAACAAUCUGGUCUGGAAAUUGAGAAUUUGGGAUGUGAUUGUUUCUUGAAGAACAGGUAAAUUAAUGGAACAGGAUCGAUCAUACAUGAUUUGCCCGUUA